AUGAAUGGUCACGCAAAUGGUUCUGCUGGCUCUGCUGCCACCGACUUCGACGUGAUUAUUGUCGGCGCUGGUAUCUCCGGUAUUAACGCCGGAUAUCGCGUGCAAGACCAGCUGCCCGGUUUCUCCUACUCCAUCCUUGAGGCUCGCGAUGACCUUGGCGGUACUUGGGAUCUCUUCAAAUACCCUGGUAUUCGCUCCGACUCCGAUCUCUUUACUUUUGGUUUUGCCUUCAACCCAUGGGACCGCAGCAAUCCCAUCGCUGAGGGCAGCGCCAUCAAAUCCUACGUACGCGACACCGCUGAAAAGUUCGGCAUCGCGAAGAACAUCCGUUUCCGCAAUCGCCUCAAUUCAGCCGAUUGGUCUUCUACCGAGAAUGUCUGGUCCUUGAACGUUGACGCAGAUGGUACCCCGACCACUCUUCGCGCCCGCUUCGUCAUCUUCGGAACGGGCUAUUAUAAUUAUCACCAACCUCUCAAGGCCAACAUCCCCAACCUGGAUGAUUUCCAGGGCCAAAUCAUCCACCCGCAAUUCUGGCCCGAGAACCUCGAUUACACCGGCAAGAAGGUCGUCAUCAUUGGCUCCGGCGCCACGGCUAUAACUCUCCUCCCAAAUCUCGCGGAAAAGGCCGACCGCGUCACGAUGCUCCAGCGCAGUCCCACAUAUAUUCUCUCCCUGCCCAACCGCACCAAUUCCCGCUGGCUCGCCUACCUACUCCCUUCGUCGCUGUACCACCGACUGCAGCGGUUUAUCUGGAUCUACACCUCGCGCAUCUUCUUCCUCUUCUGCCAGCGUUUCCCAGGAUUUUCCCGCUGGAUCUUAAGGCAGAAUGUUUCCCGCCAAUUACCCUCUCACGUUACCCACGACCCCCACUUCAAACCCCGCUAUAACCCCUGGGACCAGCGAUUGUGCGUCUGCCCGGAUGGUGAUUUCUUCCAGAGUCUACGCCGGGGCAAAGCCGAUGUUCGCACCGACACAAUAAAGACGGUUACUAAGCGCGGCAUCGAGCUCAACUCGGGCGACUCAUUGGACGCGGAUAUCAUUAUUACCGCGACGGGUUUGCAGUUGCAGAUUGCGGGUGGUUCGAAUCUCACUGUUGACGGGAAGAAGGUCGAGAUCGGAUCCAAGUUCCUUUGGAACGGGGUUAUGUUGCAGGAUCUUCCGAAUGCUAGUUUCAUUAUUGGUUACACGAAUGCCUCGUGGACUCUUGGCGCGGAUGCGACGGCCCAGUUCAUUACUCGUCUGCUCCGCACUAUGAAGGAGCGGAAUCUUGUUUCGGCCACGCCCCGCAUGGGUGUUAACGAGGAGAAGACUCUUGAAGAGCGUCCUUUGUUGAAUCUUAACUCGACUUAUGUUACGGUCGCUUCGAAGCAUUUGCCCAUGGCGGCUGAUAAGGGACCUUGGCAGGCACGUGAUCACUACAGCAAGGAUAUCAAGUUUGCGACGAACGGCGAUUUCGAGACUGGAAUGGAUUAUGUCAAGGGGAUGUGCAGUUGA